AUAAGCAACAUCAAAAGGGUGUCCUAAGCGACCCAUUGCCAUAAUUACAAAAAAAGCGUGCGCUUUAUUUGGCGGACUGAACCCUAAAUGUCCAAGUAUUUUUAUUAAAAACUUGUAACAGUUGUCUAUAAAAAAGAGUUGCGGGGUGACUUUAUAACAGAGUGGUCCUUUACGUUACGUGAGACCGUAGGCUUUUUAUUUUAUACUAAUAACUCAACAAUGGUGAAUUUCUCGUGGACUUUCGUCUUAGUGAUAAUAACUUAUGGAUUUGGCAUUUCAAACCAAGCCACGUGGUCGCAAGAUAUUAACUACUCUCCUACAAAGAUUUACUACCCCGGUCCGGUUAACAGGCCGGACUCGUACAAGUACAAGACAUCAACCACAACCACACCGAAGCCAUCAGUCACCAACAAUGUGCAAGGUGACGCGGGUGAUGAUGAGGAGACUUGCAUCCUGACCGCCACACCACCCGACCCUGACUCCCAGUGCUGCGGUAUAGAAGCUUCCAGCAACAACUUCAUCGUCGGUGGCGAAGCGACCACUCUGGAGCAGUAUCCGUGGCUAGUGGCCAUAGAGUACAAGAGAAAGGAUGACGGGAAGAUGAAGGUAUACUGCGGAGGGUUCCUCAUCAGUGGACGGUACAUGCUCUCUGCAGCACACUGCUUCGUCGGCGAGGUUGAACAGGUUGGGAAACCACAAAACAUUCUCCUGGGAGAAUACAACGUGACGAACGAAGGGCCGGAUUGUAUAAAAACUAAAGCUGGAGCCACAGUGUGCACUAAAGGCGCUACAAGGGUUCCAAUUGAGAGCGUUGUUGUACAUCCUGAGCAUUACCACGAUACAAGAGUCAACUAUCACGAUAUUGCUAUAGUGAGGCUGAGCAAGACAGUGGAAUACAGCAAUUACGUGCGUCCAAUUUGCCUCCCUAAGUCGGACUUAGAAGUGUCGCCUCUAGACAACCUGAUGCUGUAUACCACUGGAUGGGGCGCCAUUAAGCAGCGACGAGUCAACUUUGGCUUCUUCUCUGAAUACGAUGGCAUCAAACGACAUGUCGCUGUGCCUUACAGGAACAUCACGGCAUGCAGGGAAGUCUUCGGUAGUUUCGUGGGGGAAGGUCACAUGUGCGCCGGCGGCGAGCAAGGCAAGGACUCGUGCCGGGGGGACUCCGGCGGCCCUCUGAUGCGCGAGAGUGACGGCGUCUUCUCCGUGAUCGGGAUGGUCAGCACUGGGACCGGGAAGCACGCCUGCGGUACCGAGGGGUUCCCAGCGAUAUACGUCAAGAUAUACCAGUACUUGGACUGGAUUAGGAGCAACAUCAAACCUUAAGAAGUUCUCGAAGUUUCGAAGCGAUUGGUGCUAAAAUUGUUAGUAGUUAGAACAUUUUCCACGUUUCAAUUAUAAACCCCGAACCCCGGUACCGGAAAAUGGAAUUCUUCUCUGCUUACCCCGGUGAGAGAUAGGCGUGAGUUUAUGUAUGUAUGUAUGUAACCCCGGUACCGGACAUCAUCAUCAUUAGCCGUACGACGCCCACCGCUGGGCAUAGGCCACCCCCAAGGAUCUCCACACUGGACAUGCAAUGAGUUAUUAAUUUAUCUUAAGUGCAGUUUUCACUCACACAAAGUUGACUCGACCAUUAUAGACGGCGAUACGUCUCACCACCUAUCACGUUGGUCUAAUAGAAAGCUCGGUGAGGUGUGGGUACUUAGUUCAUCUUACGAUUAAUGUACCUUUGACUAUUCCAUUGGGAUAUAGUUGUAAGCUUAUGUUUAUGUGUUCAAUUAUAAACCCGCAGUGGAGUCGCGUGGUGGAGUAUGCUCCAUACUCCCCAAGUAGUAGGUUGUAUAGGGCAUUUAUGUUUUAAUAAUAACAUUUAAAAUGUCGAUUGCAAUAUCUUGUACCUUCAUAGUUUUUAAGAUUUAAUAGU